AUGGGGAAGUCGCUGCUGGAGGCGGCACACGAGAAUGAGAUAGAGCUGGAGGGCGCGUGCGAGGGGUCGCUGGCCUGCUCCACCUGCCACGUGAUCGUGGAGGACCAGGAGUAUUACGACAAGCUGCCGGAGCCGGAUGACGACGAGAACGACAUGCUGGACCUGGCCUUUGGGCUGACAGACACGUCGCGCCUGGGCUGCCAGAUCCUGGCCAGCAAGGAGCUGGACGGCUUGGUGGUGCGCAUACCCAGCGCCACGCGCAACAUGGCGGUGGAUGGCUUCCGCCCAAAGCCGCACUGA